GCUGCCGCCGUCGGGCAGCGGCCCACGGACGGGUGCGGAGAGGAGGCUGGUGUCGUGGCGGUCGCUGGCGGCCACCUUCGUGCUGUGCGGGGCGCUGCUGGCCGCCAUGAAGAAGGUGAAGCGGCAGAAGGAGGAGGAGCUGGAGAAGGAACGGAACCGAGGCAUUGGGAAACCGCUGCUAGGAGGGCCCUUCUCACUCGUUAGCCACGAGGGACAGCCCAGAACCAACAAGGACUACAUUGGCCAGUGGGUGCUGAUCUACUUCGGCUUCACACACUGCCCGGACAUCUGUCCUGAUGAACUGGAGAAAAUGAUUGAAGUGGUAGAUGAAAUUGAUAGAAUUCCAUCUUUGCCUAACCUGACCCCACUCUUCAUCACCAUUGAUCCUGAGAGGGACAACGAAGAAGCCAUUGCCAGAUAUGUUAAAGAAUUUUCUCCGAAGCUGAUCGGAUUGACUGGUACCAAGGCACAGAUUGACCAAGUGGCCAAAGCUUACCGUGUGUAUUACAGCGAAGGUCCCAAAGAUGAAGACAGUGAUUACAUAGUGGAUCACACGAUAAUAAUGUACCUCCUUGGGCCAGAUGGCGACUUUGUGGACUAUUAUGGCCAGAAUAAGAGGAGCACUGAGAUUUCUGCUUCUAUUGCUGCACACAUGAGAAAAUACAGAUCCUAAAAUGCAAGGUCCUCAAAGAUUGAUGUGAACAUCACCUGUAGGUUGGCUACAGUUAAAGCAGAAGCAUAUGAGUGCAACCUCCUGUCACCACAUGCCUCCUUUCUUCCAAAUAGGAAGGGCAGCCAUACUUCUGCAAAAUCCUGUUAUCAAAAAUCUCUACAGAGCCUUCACUAUUAUUUGCAGCAAGAUCUAGGCUACAGAAUGAAAUUUGGGACUUCUCUGAAACAUAGUUGGAGCAAAAAAUGGAAAACACUUCUUGUUUGGAAAGACCAUGUGUAUCAGUAGUAAAAUUAAUUGGUAUAUGUUGGCAAGACAUCAGGACAGUUAAUGCAGAAGGAUGAUUACUUGAUGAAAAGCCAUAUGGGCCAUGCAUUCUUGGAGGACCCCUGCCUUCUUUUUUUCUGCACUGUUUUGCCUUCUGGGAGAGACAGUUACAGUAUUAAAAGCAGCAGAGCCUUAAGAGUAGUUCUUUGUCAAGGUUAAGAACGUGAAGAGCACUGAAAGCAUCAACAGCUUCCACACAUGGGACCAGCCCUGUACUGUGCCUGAUCUCUUCUUCAUUUAAGUACAGAAAUGUUUUUUCUGAGUGAUUUUUCCUGGUGAAUGCUGUUAACUUACAAGGUAAUGAUUAAUAGGUGGCAAAUAGGUUAUUCUUCUGGUCUAAAUGGUUUUAUGUAUAGUUGGCCUGAUUGUGCUACAGUGAACAGUGAUGUGGGGAGGAUGAAAGGGGUCUGUGUCCAUGCAUAGGGUUGUCAGUCAGAUAAAUUUUAUGCAGUGCAGCAUUUGAAAAUAAAGAUUGCUUUGUAUAAGUAA